AUGGCUCACGUUGUGAGGGGCAACGGGGAGGAGCGGGCUGGGCAGAGGGGCAAAGCACGAGCCCUUCUCUUGCAGUGGAACCUGGUGUGCGAGGACGACUGGAAGGCCCCUCUGACCACCUCCCUCUUCUUUGUGGGGGUCCUCAUCGGCUCCUUCAUCUCGGGGCAGCUCUCGGACAGGUUUGGCAGGAAGAAUAUCCUUUUUUUGACGAUGGCCGUGCAGACAGGCUUCAGCUUCGUGCAGAUCUUCUCCACCAGCUGGGAGAUGUUCACAGUGCUCUUUCUCAUAGUGGGGAUGGGACAGAUCUCUAACUACGUGGUGGCCUUCAUACUGGGCACAGAAAUUCUUGGCAAAUCAGUUCGUAUUAUAUUCUCUACGUUAGGAGUUUGCAUAUUUUUUGCAAUUGGCUACAUGUUGCUGCCCCUGUUUGCUUACUUCAUCAGAGACUGGCGGAUGCUGCUGCUGGCGCUCACUGUCCCGGGGCUGUUCUGCAUCCCGCUCUGGUGGAUCAUUCCUGAAUCCCCUCGGUGGCUUAUCUCCCAGGGAAGAUAUAAGGAGGCAGAGGCUAUUAUCCGAAAGGCUGCAAAAAUGAAUGGUGUUUCAGUCCCAGCCGAGCUCUUCAACACCAUGGAGAUGCAGGAUUCGAAGCCUCAGCAGCAGCAGAAGGCUAUCCUUCUGGACCUAUUUCGAACCCGAAACAUUGCAACUAUUACUAUUAUGUCAUUACUUUUGUGGUUUUUUACGUCCAUUGGUUACUUCGGCCUGUCCCUCAGCACUCCAAACUGGCAUGGAAAUGCCUUCCUCAACUGUUUCCUCUCAGCUGUUAUUGAAGUCCCAGCCUACGUGAUUGCCUGGCUGCUCCUCCGCUCCCUCCCUCGGCGCUACUCCUUGUCGGGCACCCUUUUCUUGGGGGGAGGUGUUGUCCUCUUCAUUCAGCUGGUUCCUGCAGACUUUAACGCCCUGUCGGUUUGCCUGGUGAUGCUUGGGAAGUUCGGCAUCACGGCUGCCUUUUCAAUGCUGUAUGUCUACAACGUGGAGCUGUACCCAACGCUGGUGAGGAACAUGGCUGUGGGAGCCACCUCCACGGCCUCCAGGCUGGGCAGCAUCAUCGCUCCUUACUUCGUGUACCUGGGUGCCUACGACAGAUACCUGCCCUACAUCCUGAUGGGCAGCCUGACCGUGCUCAUCGGGAUCCUCACCCUCUUCCUCCCGGAGAGCUACGGCCAUCCCCUGCCCGAGAGCUUUGAGCAGAUGCUGAAGGUGAAAUGUUUCAGAAAUGGGCAGCAAACCACUGGCAUUCGGAAUUCCAAGGCGAAUCCUAAAAUUGUGGUAACACCCUUGUAAAGAAGGAUGCACGCUCUCCGAGAGGCUGGAAGGAGAACAAGAUCUUCUCAAAAUGCAUUUUCUGCCAAACGACCAAAACCCAACAGUCAAUGCUACUGCACUGUAGUUAUUAUCCCCUGUGCUACUGUACCCAAAUAUAUACUUCACUGAACGGAUGCUGUCUACUCCUGUAGGACCCUUAGGCUGUAAUUCAGUGUCCUGAUACCUGGGGUUUGCCAGCAGAUACAGUCCCUGUUGAGAAACGGGCACCUGCCUGUGCUAAAGUCGAUUGAUUUGGGGAGUAAGCUAGAAAUGAGCCUUAGGAACAGCAAUGACUCCAAGUUCUCAAUGAAAGCUGCUUGAAGGAAAAAAACAGUCUAUAGAAAAGGUAAUGCUGGUGGUUUUUCUUACUGUGGGUUUUGACUGGAUGGAGGGGAGCUGGGUAUCUGUCUUUGAAAGUCCCAGCAGGCGCCCCUCAAGGAGAGGUCCUGGCCUCAUGAAUGGGCUUCGUGAACGUUCGGUGGGUUUGGGGACAGGGGAAGCCUUUAACGCCCAACUGACUGAUGCUGCUGACCUGAUGGGCCGUGCCCACUGUCAAAAGAUACACGGGCUUUGGCAAGUCACUGACCCUAUCCAAACGUGCCAUGCAGUUCAAGCUUUUGGAAUUUUUCAUGGUAUAUUGGUGUAAGCAGUUUUUUAGAUUUUUUUAGGGUGUUUUUUCCAAAACAUUUAUUUGACUAUAUACCACGUUGUUUUGUACCUUCAGAGAAAGCUCGUUGUAGUUUCAAAAGCCUCUGCAAAACCCUUUGUACCAUUUACAAACUGAAAGGGGAUUUGAUGAGCAAAAAGCUCAUGUUCUGCACUGGACAUGUUUGCUAGCGAUCAUUAAAAAAGCAAAAGGGCUAACUUGGGACCACAGGGUUUUUUUUCCCAAAACAAACAAACAAA